GGCGAGAACUCGUCUCUGUUCUGGGUGGGCAAAACAACCCCACGUCAGAAAGUCGCGACGGUGAGCCGUGCGCCGCGUGUGAAUAACGCCGGCAGGGCAGCGAGUUUAAAAUGUCGGUUUUUCACGACGAGGUUGAAAUCGAGGACUUUGAGUACGACGAAGAAACGGAAACGUACUACUUUCCGUGUCCGUGCGGAGACAGAUUCGCCAUCGCGAAGGAGGAUCUGGAGAAUGGCGAAGAGGUGGCCACCUGUCCAAGCUGCUCACUUAUAGUCAAAGUCAUUUACGACAAGGAGCAGUUCAUGUGUGGGGAAGUCAUUGAAGCACCGGCUGCGUCUGAAGCAAAACUGGAGGUGGCCUAGAGAUGACAGCUAUCACCAUCAUCAUCAACUAUAUUUUUGGCCAAAGACCGUACGAGGAAUAUUUGGACCUGAUGUCCUCGGCUCCACUACCACGAAAUAGCU